UGAAGCGGCGCUCUGAUACGCCGGCGGGCGGAAGUGACGUCACGUGUUGUGGAUUGAGAGGGAGUUUGUAAGCGGGUUCGUCUCUCACAGACUACAAUAAACCACAUAAAGCGGUUCUCCUGAUCUGGAUCUCGUGUUUUCAGGUUUUAGAAGCGAGUGUGUGGUUUGAAGAACAUGCCUGAAAUCAAACUCAAGCAUGUCGUGUCAUGCAGCAGUGAAGACAAUACUCACAAAGCAGAUAAUCUCCUGAGCUCCGACACGUAUAGGAAAUGGAAAGCUGCGAGACCGGGAGAGAAGCAAGUUUCAGUCAUUCUUCAGUUGGAAAAGGAAGAGCAAAUUCACAGCAUAGACAUUGGAAAUGAAGGCUCUGCUUUCAUUGAGGUCCUUGUUGGACACUCCACGUCCGUCAAAAACCAAGACUUUCAGGUUCUGCUGGUCACGUCGUCCUUCAUGUCGCCCACAGAGAGUCGUAACGGCACGAACACUAACCGCGUGCGUCUCUUCGGGCCGAACCAGCUGGUGAAGGCCACGGCGCAGGAGAAGUGGGACUGUGUGAAGAUCGUGUGCAGUCAGCCGUACAGCAAGUCAAUAGCGUAUGGAGUUGCCUUCAUAAAGCUGCACUCUCCUCCGGACGCUACCGAUGCUCCUGUCUCGACUCCUCCGAAACUCACUAAACUGGGUCAGUUCAGAGUCAAAGACGAUUCACCCUCCUCUGGCUCCAACAUCCAGCCGGGAAGCCUGUUCUUCAGCAGAGACAGCGGCGCUAAACCCAGCGCAGGACUCAAGGUGUCUCCUCAGAAUGACAGAUUGAGUUACGCCGCUGCUGCUCUGAAAUCUGAAGCUUCGUCCACACAGACGUCUCCCAGCAGCUCACAACAGGCUCCUGUGAAAAGGAAGUUUGAGUUCAGUAAAGAGCGUCUGGAAGCCGCCGGUCCGCCGCCCAAAAAGCCCAGUUCAUCUGGUUCUUCUGAACCAAACACUGCCACACCGAAACCUAAAGCAAGAACCGGAGCGACCGCGAGUCCUGUCAGCAGCGCUUCUCCAGCCCAGAAGACAUCAGACAAGCGAGAGAGUCCGAAAUCCAAGCCAGAGCCCAAACCAAAACCUAAACCCAAACCUAAAGCCAGGUCUGCAGAUCCGGUGCCUCUCAAUCGCAUCUUGGAGGGAGUUGUGUUUGUCCUGAGCGGCUUCCAGAACCCGUUCCGCGGAGACCUGAGGGACAAAGCGCUGGAGAUGGGAGCCCGAUACCGGCCGGACUGGACGCCGGACUCCACACACCUCAUCUGUGCUUUCGCCAACACACCCAAAUACAGUCAGGUGAAAGCAGCCGGAGGCAUCAUCGUCAGGAAGGAGUGGGUGAUGGACUGCCACAAAACAAAGAAGAAGAUCUCUUUCAAACGGUAUCUCAUGGAUGGAGCCGAGUCCAGCUCAGAGAGUGAAGCAGAAGAGGACGAGAGCGAGGAGGAAGUGCAGAAAGCGAAAACACCAGAAAAGAGGCAGAUGACCCCAAAAAAGCAGCCGAUCAAGGAAGAGGAGGAGGAGGAGGGAGGUUCAACAGAUGCUGAAGAUCCAGAGGAUGACGGCUCUGGCAUGGACACUGAAGACGAGCUGAACAGGGUGGAAAUGGAGAGCAGGAGGAAGAAAGCAGCGCAGGAAAGCACAUCAGUUCAGGUGAAAGAUGAAGAUCCGUACGGCGGCUCUACUGAUGAGAACACAGAUGCUGAGGAAGAGGAGGAUAAACCCAUCCCUGAACUACCAGACUUCCUAACAGGAAAACGGUUCUAUCUUUACGGCAAGUUCCCUGACAACCAGAAGAGGCAACUUCAGCGCUACAUCAUCGCCUUCAACGGAGCCGUCGAAGACUACAUGAGCGAGAAGGUCCAGUUUGUCAUCACCAGCGAGGGAUGGGACGAAUCGUUUGAGGAAGCCUUGAUGGAGAAUGGCAAUCUGAGCUUUGUGAAACCUACCUGGAUUUUCGCCAUCAAUGACAGGCAGAAGUUGCUACCGUACCAGCCCUACACCGUCGUGCCUUAAGAGCGAGAUUAAGUCGUCUUGCUCUUUGAGAACUCAGCUAUCAAUCCCAGCCUUGACCUGAGGAGACAUUAGCCAUCGUAGAGGAGUAGUUCGACCUGUAAAUUAAGCGUCGCCCUCGUGUCAUUCCAAACCUGUAUGAAUUUCUCUUUUUUGUUUUUGCCAUCUUUUGUGAUCUACAGAAGAGCGUCAUACAGGUUUAGAGGGGCGUGUGAAUGACUAAUUUAUGUGUUUUCAUUUCUGGUGUUGAAAUAUAUUUGCCUGUCACAAGUCGUUGUUUUGAUGUUGCGAAACUAAAGUCAGAUACCACCCCAGAGAUAAAAGACUAAUCCACAUUCAACACCCGCUUUACCAACAGCCCAAAAACUGUUGAAUAUGAAUUAAUAAAGACCUGGACCUGAAGUCUUUUUUGGAUCUGACUUAUGCCAAACAUACUCAUUUAAUAUGUUCACAUGGUUAAUUAUUGAUUAGCUAAUCCAUAUUCACAUUUGUUGCCCACAUUGCUUUGCUCAAGACCCAAGCUUUUUAACAUCUGUAGGUGUGGCCUACAGAAUAUUACAACAAUAUUGCUUUGGUUUGAGCUAUUUGAAUAUUCAAACAACCAUAUAUGUAUAUAUAAAAAAAAAGCUCCUGAAAUAAAAACUGCUGUAAAAACAUGAAUUAGGUAUAUUUGUAGAAUGUUUGUUUAUGAUAGGUCAACUCUGGCAGUUUUAAUGUUUUGCUGUUUACUGUUUUUAUUUCAAAAUCCCUUUUGUGUGUCGAUUUUGAUGUCUUUUGUUUUCUUUAAAUGAAAUUAAUAUUUUGAAGUUCUCAUUUGAAGCGUUGGCAGAAUAAAGUUGGAAUAUAGUUACACUA